UUACCAGUUGCGCCGUAUAUGAAUCUGCUGUGUGAACGCGAAUGACUUCUUAGGACUGCUUGCUGGCUGAAUAUCUGCACGGAACGCCUUGGAGAGCAGCGUUGAUCCUCGCAGCGCAUAGAGUCCGACCUGGGUCGCUGUUGCCCCUUUCUGCAGGCAGGAGUUCUGACCGAGGAGCCCUAUAAUGCAAUCGCGAGUCGACACCCUUCCGAAGGCAGAGGAUCAGCCCAAGAAAGACUUCUGGAGGUAUCUGAGGAGUCACCUGAACUUUUAUCGGGUUCAUCUCAUCGUCUUCACCUUUACGCCUAUCCUAUUUUCCGGCAUUCUGUACGCAAGCAAUGGAGAGUAUCCGAUCUCAUACAUCGAUGCGCUCUUCAACUGCAUCAGUGCCAUGGCAGUCUGUGGACUUGCGACGGUGGAUCUCAGCCAGUUAACAGGAUGGCAACAGGCCAUUCUCUUCAUUCAGAUGUGUCUAGGGAGCCCCGUGCUCGUGUCGUGGGUAAUGGUCUAUAUACGGAGGUAUUUCUUUGCCAAGACAUUCGAACACAUGGUCGAGGCGGAGGCCGCGAAGCGCACGAAAGUGAAGAUCGAUGUCGAGGCGACCAUCAUACCCUGGCACAGCAAAAUGGUUAACAUGCUCCGGCGGCGCAAGCGGCUGACCUCGGUGAAGGAGGAGAGCGAGGAGAGCACGCCGAAGGAGCGCAAGCCGAGCUCAGUGAAAAAGCUGCGGACGGACAUGAUACGCAGAAUGGACGACGCGCCGAAGCUGGUGGAUCCCAGCGGGUGGAUAAGUGAGGGCCGGACAGAGUCGACGCUGCACACCCCUGCGCGAGGCCCAGCUGUAGAUACACGGGAGGUACAGACCGAAGGUCAGAAUCAUCAGCUCAGUUUCGCGGACCGGCCGUCAGUUAGUCCAGACCGCAGCUCCACCAUAAGUUCAAGUAGCUCAGAGCAUCAUGAGGAGCAGACGGAAGGGGCGACCACUCCUGACAGAUCAAGGAAAGGACGUCGUCUGUCCGAUCCUGGUAUGGCUCGCCGAUUUAGGUCUGCCUCAGUGACCGCGAACGAAGAGAAUUUUCGUCGCUACCCGACUGUCAAUGUGGCGGCAUAUACUUCCAGAGAGCCUGAUCCCCUGCCUAGGACACAGACCGUUGAAUUUGCCCCUGAACCUCGUCGGCAACGCUUCACGUCUGUGGACAGAGAGCGGGGAAGGCGGGCCUCCGUCAUAUCAGAACAAAGUACUGCUUACCGACGGCCGAGUAUAGAGCCCACCGACACGCAGGACGAGCGCAGACCUGGAAGGAGGCCUUCUGUCACGCUACGCCCCACAAUGUCGACAAGCCACACAUUCCCUCGCUACCCCACUGGUGUGCGGACAAAACAUCGCGGAUUCGGAGGGUUUCCGAUGCCACACGAGAUCCUGUCCCGUGUAUUCCGAUAUUUCUUUCCUGAGGUGCAGCAGAAAUUGCACCGCACGAUGACGAUGCCUCGGACGCAGACGAUUGCUUCAACGCGCGGGGAAGUGCCGGCUGGUGUCAAACCAGUGCCUUAUAUCUCCUUUGACGCGAUUGUAGGACGUAAUUCGGCCUUUUACGAGCUUACGAACGACGAACUGGAGGAACUUGGCGGGGUCGAAUACCGAGCUCUGAAUGCCUUGCUAUGGAUCGUCCCAGUAUACCACAUUUGCGUCCAGGCCAUUUCCUUUAUCGUCAUCGCGCCGUACAUGUCGGAAAGUCGUUGGAGUUCAGACUUCAAGCCACCAGCUUUGCAUCGGAACCUCCCACCACCUUGGUUUGCAUUAUUUCAAGUCGUCUCGGCGUACACGAAUACGGGAACCUCCCUCGUAGAUCAAUCUAUGAUACCCUUCCAGACAGCUUAUCCAAUGAUAUUUUUUGUAAUAUUUCUUAUCUUAGCUGGUAAUACCGCCUUCCCUAUUUUUCUGCGGCUUAUGAUAUGGACCAUGACAAAAGUGGUUCCUCCUAGAUCACGGUUAAACGAGACGUUGCACUUCCUACUGGACCACCCUCGUCGAUGUUUCAUCUACCUCUUUCCUUCGCAUCAGACUUGGUUUUUGCUCAUUGUUCUCGUGACACUCACCUGCACAGAUUGGGUGUCGUUCCUCGUCCUGGACAUUGGCACUCCAGUCAUCGAGGCCAUACCAGCCGGUACAAGGGUGAUUGUUGGGCUUUUGCAAGCUACAGCUGUGCGUGCGGCGGGAUUUUCUGCCGUUUCGCUGUCCGCUCUGGCACCUGCUGUGAAGGUCCUAUACGUAAUCAUGAUGUAUAUCAGCGUCUAUCCUAUCGCCCUGAGUGUGCGUUCAACGAACGUAUACGAGGAGCAGUCGCUGGGAGUCUUCGAAGAAGACGACGAAUCCGAGAAUGACGUGGAAUUUCAAACUACUGGGCCUCGCGUUGCAGUCUGGAGCCGCUACUUGGCAUGGCAUGCUCGCAAGCAGCUCGCAUUCGACAUGUGGUGGUUGGGCCUGGCUCUUGUUCUGUUGUGCAUCAUUGAGCGACAUAAUAUCGAUGCUGAGGAUAAUCAAUCUUGGUUUAAUAUCUUCUCAAUAAUUUUUGAACUAGUUUCGGCAUAUGGCACUGUCGGGCUGAGUCUCGGGCUCCCUACGGCGAACUACUCGUUCUCAGGCGCCUUCCGACCCUUGUCCAAGUUGAUCAUAUGUAUCGUGAUGAUACGUGGCCGUCACCGGGGUCUCCCAGUCGCGAUUGACAGGGCUGUCAUGAUCCCUCCCGAGUUCCGUGCUCAACCGGACGAAGGCACGAUGGCAGAACAACGCAGCUUGCGCAGUGUGGUCAGCCGUACAAGCGCAUACCGGCAGCCGCCACCCAAUGCUGGGCACAUGGAGGAGAUACCUAUGGCAGAUAUACCCGAGGACGCAGUGAUGACAGACGACAUAGAUCAUGUUAGGACAAAAUCCACUUGACGGACGCAUAUGACACGACAAUCCUACGAGCACUAUGAGCGCAUGACUCCUGUAUAUUUUUCCGCGUUUCGCAUCCCUUAGACACAUACUCUGUACUGUUAGUACAUGUAUGAGACGCGGUUCAUUUCAUAUUAUGGAGAGAAAGCCUCUCCUUCUAUGGCUAAUUUACAGUGAUCCUUGUAGCCCCCACCCAUCACCUAAAGAACGUCUAUAUAGUCCAAGAUACAUCUAUGCAAUACGAGCUACUUCAUGAUACGGAGGUGGUGCUUCGCCGAGCUCGGUCUCCUGUCCGGCGACGAGUCUUUCAAAUCGCCUAUUGCGUUCAACAAGACUAUCCGGCGGGGCCGGUGAUGGAGAGUGGUGGUGUAAAUGGGGCGGCCGAGAACCCUCUUCUGACGAAUCUGUUGAUCGGCGCGAGUCUAUGCGUUCGAGCGGGUGAUGCAUGGCGGAUGACGUAGACACGAGAGGGUUGUGGUGGAAAUGCGAGGAUGACGGGCGGGAUGGUCCCGGGAGGUCCAACGCAUCUCCAUCCAGAUUGGGUGACAGGCCCUUGCCUUUACAAGGACACGCCUCAGGCUGGGGUAGAAUGUCGUUGGCAUUCUCCGAAUACGGGGGCAGCGCUAUCCAAUCGGGGUUGCACAUGCACGAGAGGAUGUGGACCGGAGUCUGCACGACGAUGUCGAACAUCUUCCUCUUCCCCGUCUUCUGGUCAAUGAACUGGUCGUCGCCCCGCUCCACCCGGAAGAUGAUCUUGAGGGUAUGCGUGAUGGAGAUAUUACUCUUCUUAUUCCUGUUCGUGAAGUUGAUCUGAUCGCAGGAACUCGGGAGCUGCAACUCCGUGUGUAGAGUCCACGGCCCCGGACCCAUGAAAGAAGACGCCAGUUCCGACGCGUCGUCUUCUGGAUUGAGCAAGACAUACAAAGGUGAGUUCUUAAAUGCCUCGGGAUCGUCCGAAUCGAGGGGAAGUAACGGAGGACAGUCUUUCUCGCCGUGCUUGAGGGACAUGAGAAUGAUCCGGCGAAUCGGGUCUGUUCUAACCACGCGCUUCAUAUUGGCGAGAUAGUCCACCCGUUCUUCGAGCAAGAUCGAUAUCCGGUAUACUUUGAUCUUAUCCAAGGGCAUAAGCGUUAAGUGUACCGGCAUCGUCCCGCCGAUGUGGAACGUCCUGCCAGAGAUCGAGAUGAAGUACUGCAAUUGAUCAUCCCACUGUCGUUCGACAAUAAUGUUCUCGGUAUCCUCGGCAUCUUCCUCCGGGCACGCGACAAGGGUGACUUCCCUCGACGCAGUGAGUUUCGUCUUGAACGCGCCUGGCCGGUGUACGUAUGCCUUGAGGCGCCAGAUCACGCUCCCAUACUCGCAUCUGAGCGUCGGCGGAGAACUCGCAGGGAUGGUGAAGGAGAUGGGGUACGUGUAGGUGCCCUUCUUGAACUCCUUCCACCCAUCCCCAUACUCCUCGUCUUCCUCCUCCAACCCGAGCAGCUCGCCCACUCUCCCCAACGCCGACUUCUCCUUCCUCGGGGACAUGAGCCCCACACCAUCAACCACGGGCUCCUUCCCCUUGCCCUUCUCCAGCGUCCGCCCCCUCCUGAAUUCCGCCUCGCGAUCGACGCUCCGCUCCAGGGUGUGCUCCCUCGAAUUCGCAACGCGCAUCCUCGGCGAGCUUGAGCGGAAGCGGUCGCGCACGGAGUCCAUCACGUUUGUGACGGCGGCGAACGUGAAGCGCUUGUGCUUCCGGCCGCGCUCGUCGUGCGGGGACGGCGAGCGGAUGCGGCUCCCCUCACGGGAGGAAGCAAAGGCGUACCCCGAGUCUUCGUCCAGGCUUUGCCGACGUGAGGACUGGUCGCGGUCUGAGCGUAGGCUAGAUGCCGACGAGUUCGUCGUCGACAAGUUUGGGCGACGAGGUCCGGGACUCUCGUCCAAAUGCUCGCGCAGCAUAUUCCG